AAAUAAAUAUAAUGAAAUUAAUUUUAAUAUUUUCGAAUCGUUACUAUAAUCGCUUGUGCAUAAUACUAUAGUUUAUUGUACAGAUAGGUUUUGUACGUUUAGCUAGUAAUACCACCUGUACAUAAUAUGAUUAUUAAAACAGCUGUAUGCUACAAAAAUGAUUGCUAUUAUUUCCAUCAUAUUAUGGUUGUUUCGCCCUUUCGACAACGGCGGCGGUUAUACUCGAUAUGAGUAUUAAUAACAAGCUCUAACCGAUACCAUAACUUAUCCAUAUAAUGACGACAAUACCCGUUUGAUUUCACGUAAUGGGUUGUGUUAUAGAAUUAUUAGUUCAAACAUGCGGCGGUGACAAGGCUAUAAUAUGUGCGUAUAAUAUUAUAAAUCAUAAACACGCACUAAAAUCAUUUGCCAUCCGCGUGUAGUAUAGUUGUACAUCUCGUAUAAUAAUAAUAAUAAUAAUAAUAAUAAUAUUAUUACGACAUUUGCCCGUAAAACAGAUUGCCGCGCUACUCGUGAAGACUAUGAUAAUAAUAAUAUUAUGACGUCGGACCUAUCGAUUUUGAAAUUUCCUUAUCGGAAUCCGACAAUCAUAUUAUUGUACAUGGAAUUAAUUAGCUUAGGUACUACCUAACGCCUCCCAAAUCGAAUUUCACGUUCGACUCAACAAAUGAUAAUUUUUUUAAAAUUGAAUAAAAACAACAAAUCUUAGUGUAUUUUAUAAAAACACUGUAGUUUUUGAAAAAAAAAAAUAUAUUACACUUCAAUUAUAGACUUAUUAUAGGCUUGUCGUAAAAAUAUUUGUUUUUUCAACAAAAACCCGAUAGCAAGACAAGACUUCAUAGCAUAAAAGUCUAGUGUCGUGAAUAAUUCAAAUAAUAUACAGAAGUACGAUAACACGAUAAUCGGCUUGGAAAAUAAUAGUGUGGCUAUUAAACGGAUCACUCGGCUUGUGUAUAACAAAAUUAAUAUUGUUAUAUUCUCGAGUGUGUUGCAUUGAAACUAUAUAGUACAACGAUUGCUCGUCCGAAAACGAGUCGAAUAUAAUAAUAAAAAAGUACAUCCCACAGAACCUAAUACGUGACCGACAAAUCGAUACAACAAUAAUAAUGUACACCGAUCGAGACGUGACGACGUCGUUAUGCAAUUGUUCUUUAAAAAAAAAUAAUAAUAAUAAAAACACGAAACUACCGAAAUAAAAGAGUGAAUAAUAUUAUAAUUGUCUGCCACAUAUAAUAUCACAUAUUGUACGGAGUUUAAAAUCGUCAUCGUUGGUGCCCCCUCCCUCCCCCAAUCGACAAUCACAAUGACACUACACACACACACACACACACACACACACAAUACGGUUUUGAAGCUUUUGCAGGAUACAAUACUGCUCUCUAUAUUGUCGUUCAUGGGUGUUACACCACCACCACCGACGACGAUAUCGACAUCACACGAUCCACAAUACCUAAUAAUAUAUUUUAUAUAAUAUACGGCGCACGCUUCGAUAGGGACCGAUCGCUAUUAAUUUCCUACGUUAAAACUGACAACUGUAAUCAAAAACCGACGAGGGGGUCAAACUCGUCGCUCUCGUUCGCCGAGUGGGCAGUGCACAAUAUCGGCUCAUCGUGUCCCACGACCCGACGCGAUGUGACCGACGCCACCGACGACGAUGAUUAAUCGUAUUCGACCGCGUCCAUAGUGUGCGAAAGGCGUCGUGUCGUUGUCAUGUUUUCGCGGGUAGGUAUACUAUAUACUCGGUGUUUUCGAUUUUGUUUUCCAUCAUUAUUAAUACCGUAUUAUUGGCAUUUUUCGACGAGCUCGUAGGUACGCGCCUCCAUCACUGACGCUUGGAAAACAUAAAACCGUACUUCGCGGUACAAAAUUAUAUAUAUAUAUAUAUAAUGAAGGAAAACCUCAACGGCGACGACAAUGUGACGGCGACCGGGUACGACUGACGUGACUGACGGCUGUGGAUAACGACGCGACGCGGUAUACUAACGCCGACGACGGACAAGACGCGCGCGCGCGGAGUCAUCCUGCACGGUUAGUCAACUGAUCGCGUGCUGCAGCGCGCUGAUGGAAUAUCCUAGCGUCAUGCAGCUGGCGGCCGGCUGGCCGUCGAUGGAACCGCCGACGGGCGCGUACAACGGCACCGACAUGGGGCCGUACAACAACGGCACCGGCGACAGGGACGCGCUGUACUGCGACGACACGUCCGGGCACGAGUCGUCGUUGUACCUGAUAUCCAAGAUCCUGUACGUGAUCGUGUGCGUGAUCGGGCUGGUGGGCAACACGCUGGUCAUAUACGUGGUGAUCCGGUUCUCCAAGAUGCAGACGGUGACCAACAUGUACAUCGUCAACCUGGCCAUCGCCGACGAGUGUUUCUUGAUCGGCAUACCGUUCCUGAUCGUCACCAUGUCCAUGGAGUUCUGGCCGUUCGGCAACGUCAUGUGCAAGGUGUACAUGACCACCACCAGCGUGAACCAGUUCACCAGCAGCAUAUUCCUGAUGAUCAUGAGCGCCGACCGGUACAUAGCCAUAUGCCAUCCGAUAUCGUCGUCCAAGGUGCGCACCGCGUACGUGUCCAAGAUCGUGUCGGUGACCGCGUGGACGUUUAGCAUCAUACUCAUGAUACCGGUCAUCAUGUACGCCAACACAAUGGACAAGGGCAACGUCAAGAGCUGCAACAUCAUAUGGCCGGAGAACGACCUGUUCAGCGGGCAGACCGCGUUCACGCUCUACUCGUUCGUGCUCGGGUUCGCCAUACCGCUCAUGCUCAUAUUCGUCUUCUACAUACUGGUCAUCAGGAAGCUGCAGACGGUGGGACCGGUGAACAAGUCGAAGGAGAAGAAGAAGUCGCACCGGAAGGUGACCAAGCUGGUGUUGACGGUGAUCACGGUGUACGUGCUGUGCUGGCUGCCGUACUGGAUCACGCAGGUGGCGCUGAUAUUCACGCCGCCCAAACAGUGCCAGUCCAAGAUCGUCAUCACGAUAUUCCUGUUGGCCGGCUGCUUGAGCUACAGCAACAGUGCCAUGAACCCGAUCCUGUACGCGUUCCUCAGCGACAACUUCAAGAAGAGCUUCCUCAAGGCGUGCACGUGCGCGGCCGGCAAGGACGUGAACGCGGGCCUGCACCAGGAGAACAGCACGUUCCCGCGCCGGAACCGCGGCGGUUCGGAGCGCGGCGGCGGCCGGACCGGGCGGGCCACCACCAUACUGUGCCAGGCGGUCAGCGGCGGUGGCGUCGGCGGCGGCGCGGGCGGUUGCUGCAAGGACGACGACGGCGGGUGUUGCGGCGAGACGGGACCACUUGUCGGACGCGCCGAGCUGGUCAGCAAAGAGAACACGUCCACCGCGCUCACCAUGACGUCCCGGUCCACGUGCAACGACAAUAACGUGCAACCCGCCCAGUUGUAACGGCCGCUGCAGUUGGCUAUGAUAUUAUUUUUUUUUACAUCGUAAAUUUCUACGCACUAUAUUAUUAUAUAAAUACCUAUACCUAUUAUAACAUGACAACCUAUUCCUUUUUAUACGAUACAUACAUAAUAAUAAUAAUAAUAAUAAUAAGAAUUAAUAAGAAUAAUAAAAAUAUUAGCUAUACACUAUAAUAGGUAGACACUAAAAAAAUAAUGUUAUAUACUAUAGAAUCUACAUAGGGUAUUAGGUACCUAUAUAAUAUAUUAUAUAUCUGUCCCGUCCCCCAGAGAUGUACGUACCUACAACGACUAUACCUAUUUAUAGUUUAUUCAUAGGUAACUAUAAUAUAUUUAACUAAUAAUACUCAUAAUAACUCACAUAAUUAUUAGUUAUUACCUAUGCCUACUAUUUUUAAUUAUUUUACCUAUUAUACUUAAUAGUUACAUUGAUGCGGUAUCAUCGUGUUUAAGGGGAAACGGCCAACGAGACUUUCGUUUUUUAUUGAUUCUCAUAAACCAUGUGUGUCUCUUACCCACUUUUCAAUGAUGGCUAUUUAGAAUGGAAUAUGUUAUGAAUGUAUAUUAUGGUAUAUCAUUCUUAUACCGAAUUUACCAUGAUGCAACCAUAAAGGUACACACCUAAUAUGGCCAUAUCGUGUAUAAAUUAUACACUAUCUAUAUAGGUAUCUAUUGCAUUUCUCUAUUGAACGUUGUCGUGCACGUAGAUACAUAAUAUAGGCUUAGACGUUACACGAAGUGAAUUUACGAUAUGCACCAAUUUCACGUCCUAAUAUGUCCUAUAAGUCCAAACAUAUUAUAUAAGCAAGUAUGUGUAAUGCGUGUAUUUUAAAGGAACAUAAUAUAUUGAAAAAGUUGUUUUGGUAAAAUCGAUUAUAAUUAUGGUAACACAAAUAUACAAAAAAAAAAACGAGUGUAUAUUGUAUACCUAUCUAUAAAAUAUAUAUUUAUUUUAUUUAAAUUAAUAUUAUUAAUAUUAUUACCUACACCAUUAUACAGUGCCUUUAUUUAUUUAUGCUGCACCUAUACUCCGUUCCGCGUGAGAAUAGCAACUCGUUUCCCGAUGUCACUGACUGCGUUUAACGACCUGGGUAACUAUUUCUCCUAAUCAAACAUUGUUUGUGUAGUCGUUGUAGUGCUAUAAACAACACUGUCACCCGGAAUGUUUGAGUGAGAGAAAUAGUGUCCCAGGUCGUUAAACGCAGUCAGUUACAUCGCAAAACGAGUUCGUUCUCUCGUUGAACGGAGUAUAUAAUAAGUGUCGGUCUGGCUCAUGAUUUUGCCCCCAGCACAAUAACUUUCAACGGGCGCUGUGGGGUACAAUAAAUUUUUUUCAAAUGUCUAUAUAAUAUCCCGAAAAACAGCAAUAAUAAUUUAUGGUAUGCGUUUUAAAUCUCAUAAGCGAUUAACUGAAUUUUCCAGAUACAAAUAUCAUAGCAUUAGGUACCUAUUUACCUAUACCUACCCAUUUACGCCUAACUAAUUUUCAGAGUCAUUGACCUAACAUGGAUAGAUAUAUUUGGUUGAUACUUUUUGUAUAUUGAAGUCAAUAUAAAUUAUAUGUACUUAUUAGGUACAAUUAGAAUAUAAUAAUACACAUACCUAACACAAAAUAAAAUAUAAUAAAUAAUAAUAAAAUCACUGUGAAGUACCUACCUACUUUACGAUAUGCUCCAUUUCUACCAUUUGGCAUAUACUGUCUAUACUCUAUAACAGCGGUCCUCAACCUUUUUAUAUUCGCGUAGAUACCACUUACGCAGUUUUAAAAUGUUCAUGUACCUACCAAUUGACCAAAUAACGUUUUUUUUUUGCUUAUCAAAAAUAUAAUAUAGGUACGUUAUUUUACAUUAUUGUAUGGAAUUUUAUUUUAUUAGGAACUACAAAAUGAUGAUAAUUUAAUGCAUUAAAUGAAUAUGUACAAUUAUUAUUAUUAUUUAUAUUAAAUAAACCAAAUAAUAUUUAAUAAUUAAUAUAAAUAAUAAUUCAUUCCAUUUUUUUUAUAAAGGGAGAUUUUCUUAGCAUGCCACCAGUGAGCUUUCCGAGUACCACUAGUGGUACGCGUACCAUAGGUUGAAAAACGCUGAUCUAUAGUAUUAGGUAUAUGUAUUAUAAUAAAACUUAUCUCUAUAUAUUAUUUUAAUAUUAAAACGCGAUAAUGUGGAUCGGAAAUUACGAAUCAGUUUUUAUUUCCAAAGAGGAUGCUGCAGUAAUUUUGAAUGGUAAAUACUACGAUUACGUAACAAUGUUGAUAACAGCAUCUCGGUAUUUCCUUAAUAGUAAUUUACUUUUACCGAGGUAUUGAAGUAUUUGAGGUACCUACGACCUACUUACCUAUUUCACUCGUUGACCGUCAUAGGCAUGCUCAGGAAUUUUGGAAGGGCGAAGGGGUUGGUUUGAAAUUUUUUUUCAAACAAAAUAUUUGUUAAAUUUAGCGAUAUAGAUCAAGUUAAGCGCCCACACGAAUUUUUAAUUUUUUUUCGGAAGCCAAUAUAUUACAACUAGUUAAGAACGAUGGUGCAAAAAUGAACUGCCUUAAAUCAUUGGUUUUUAUGGUAUAGCCUCACGAAGUUCACGAUUUUACGUGUUUUACACAUACGCAUAACGCUUAUAGUUCACGCGCUUAUAACAAAUUUUCAAUUUUUUUUUUUUUUUUUGAAACAUGUAAAUUAACGUUUAAAAAAUUACAGUGGAAAAAUAAUGUUGACACCCACCAAUGGUGGUUUUACAUAACAAGUCGAGGGAUGUUUUCGAUUUUAAUUGUCCGAGUGAGUGACCUCGCCGGAUGUAUAAGUACUACUUUAAAGUAAGUCUGCCCGCCAAAUUCGGACUUCUCUUCUAUCUUUUUCAGCAUGCUUAAGUCUUAACGGUAGCGGUGUCGUAUGCUAUCUACGCACUGAAUGUUAUCUACACAUUGCUAUUACGUAUAAAUUAUGUCGUAUGCUAUCUACGCACAAUUAAAGUUGAAAAGUAUUUUUCAUAUCAAUAAAAAAUGUUUCGAACGUAUUUGUUGUGUUUAUGGAGCGCCACCAUUCUUCUUUAAGCUGCCUUUCCAGCAAAUUAGUGGCACCAUGCGAUUUUAUACCAUAUUUCACCUUUAUAUGUCGCCAAUAACAUUCCAUAGUUUGAGUUUCAGCUCUUGUUUGUGGAUCAAUGAAAUUAAUUUUAUGAUUUACGGUAUUGUGGAUAUAGCCAUGAUCGUUUAAACAGCUGUAAGCUUUCCAUUCAUCUGAAAAAAUGGUCGUCCCUGGCUCAAUUUCUCUUCUAAAAAUUGGAAGCAAAGUGGCGCGGUCUCUUUUUUGAACGAUAAACAAUCGAUGUUCUACUAUAUUAUCACGUCUACAACAGUACAACACAUUCCAAACACCCACGGCCCCUGUACGCGUACACCGUAAUUUCGAUUAGUUAUUUCAGUAUCAGUAUCAGAACUGCUAGAUCCUGUUCUACAAUUUCUUCUCUAGGUUGACGAUCUCCUAGAAGGUAUUUGUAGAUAGCAUACGACACUAGUAUUCAGUGCGUAUAUAGCAUACGACACCGCUACCGUCUUAACUACCUACUUAAGUACGUUAAAACAAAAAAAAAGUUGUACUGUAAAACAGAAAAGUUCCAAACGCGUGGUAAAAUAUUGCGUUGUACGAAUGCGUAAAACACCGAAAAUCAUGAACUUUGUAAGGCUAUAACUUAAAAACUAAUGAUUUCCAGCAAUUCAUUUUUGCAAUGUCGUUCUUAAAUCGUUGUAGUAACACAUAGGUUUCCAAAAAAAAAAUUUGUAGUAUUGGAGGACACCAGUUUAAAAACGAUCGUUUAUAAUAUCAUUAGCAAAUCAAAUGUUGAACAACGCGUUAAAUGUCAAUUUACGUUAUCGUUGAAAUUAUUCUUCAUUUAUUCUCUAACGAUUUCAAUGUUUAAAGAUGGAUUUGACUAUUUGAGGGUUUCCGACAAACUAAUUCAUGCCGAUGUACGAGCUAAUACUUAUUCACGAUUUUGAAUUUAAGACAAUAAUAUCAUCUAAAUACAUCCAGAACCACUAAAAUUUUUAAACAUAAUUAAUAAUUCUCUUGGGGACGAGAUCUGUAAACUGUAAAGGAAUAAGGAAAUAUCAUUAUCAAAAUUAUUAUUAAAAUGUAGGUAGGUAUUUCACAUGUGACUGUGAGACACGGGUAGAGAGAAGGAUCUUAGUAUACUAAGGUAUAUUUAGGUAUCCAACUAAUCUUUUUAUUGUUCUACGUUCUACUAUAAAAAAUUAUCUCACAUGUUUAGUUUAAAAAUAUCAAGGCGUAACAAACAAAAACAACCUCGAACUAUUUUUAAAUCAGAAUGAAAUAAUUUAAUCUCAAAUUUUAAAUGCUAACUCAUCUGAAUCUACGUUUUUAAUUAACUGUUACCUAUGACGUCCUAAAGCCAAAAAUGUAUUAGUGGAUCGCCACAAGUAAUAACUAUUUUAAGAAGAUGAAAGAACUUGAGGUCGUUUUUUUGUUGAGUGUUUUCUAUGUUAAUUUAGAUAAUAUAUGUAUAUAAAUCUAUCUAGUCAUUUUUUUAAACUUAAAUUUUAAAAAUAAAUCAAAUUCCAAGAAAUGUAUUCAUUAUUUUGUACAUUAUACCCAUAUAAAUAACAUUUCAAAUUUGGCCAUCUAUCUGAUUAUUAUUAACUAAAUUUAAAUGAAAACCAAAAUGCUAUUAAUUAUUGAGGAUAUGUUAAAUAAUUCACACUUUAGCUGUAUGGUAAUUAGUGUGUAAAGGACAGCCUAUGGAAAACAAGCUACUUUUAAAUACGUAGGUAUUUAAAAAAAUUCUAUAACAAAAAUAAAAAGGUGAAAUAAGUUAUAUUUACAUAACAUUAUUUUGAUUUAAAACAGAAAUAAAACUCAUACUUUUCAAAAUGAAUAAGUCAUAUUGAAUCUAGGUUUAGAUAAAUUUUUUUUCAAAAAUAUGUUAAUUCGUAGAUUUAUCUUUAAAAAAUAUAAAACAAUGUUUAAAACCAUGAAAUGAUCUUGAACCAAAAAAAUGUCAUUACAAAUAUACGGCAUCAUAUUAUAUUUGUUAAUUUUUUUUCUUAAUUGGACAAACCAUACACAAGAUAUGAUAUAAUUAACUUGUAAAACUUAAAAAAAAAUUAAAGGAAAACAUAAUAGGUAUUGUUG